CAAAUAGCCUCAAAUGCCCCCAGAAGGCUCCAAGACGGCCUGACAACGCCCCAAGCUGGCCCAUUUGGCUCAAGGCAUUCGGGCUCAAGCUUCCCGAGUGGCCUGUUUAUGUGACGUUCCCCGUGCCCUGCCACAAGGAGCAUGCACCCCGCGCGGGUGGACGACAUCAAUCCCCAAAUCCGCCCUGCGCGUCACGCCUCUUACCCGCCACUGGCGCCAGAGGAGGUUGCGUACAUACCUGUGUGGCCCUGGGAGGAUGGAGGCUUGAAGUUGCAGGAGGGCGCGGUGUGCCAAGGUGCCGCCGGAGACGAAGCGAACACGACGGCGUUGGCGAAGGUCUUCCCCUGCAUGCGCACCAGUCCAUACGCCGCCAGGUCAAGGGCCAUGGGGAUCAUCAAGAACUUGCCCAGUAGAUGCAGAGAAGAGGACGUGCUCGAUGUGAUUUCGCAGCUGGGUUUUGGAUCCGAUGUCACCGCUUUCAACAUGCCGACGCGCGUCGGGAAGGGCAACAGAAAGCUGAACAGGGGGUUCGCAUUCGUUUACUUCUGUGACGAGAGGGUUUGCUGGCGGUUCGUGAAGGACGCGGACGGGUAUCGUGGUUUCGGGGAUCACUCCAGCGGCAGGGCCAUCUCCGUGACCUUCUCCUUGCAUUUCUCCAGCAGGUCGUACAGGAGGUACUCGGUAGGGUCCCAGGAUACGGAGGACGAGCUGGCGGCGGUGUCCUGCCAAUAGGGUCUUCUGGAAGGAGGCCAUUUGCAAGGGAGCCAUUCCGUGUGCCUCAUGAGGCCGAGUCGGCGCCGCGCGAUUCUGCUACGACAACUGUCAAUUGUGCCUCUCGGCCCAUUGCUUACUUAGCCAGCAAGACAGUCGUGUGUGCAUACGUGGGAGUUCCCCGUUCCAUUUUUCGUAAGCCUCAAGCCUUUGACCUGGGUGCGCUGGCGCGUGUGCGCCGCUAUUUCUAGAUUUUCCAACCUCUGCCAGGGCCACUUUGUGAGUUAGAGACUGUUCUCUUGCGCACAAGCUUUGUGCCCAAUCAGCGCGCGCCACCUGUGUUGUGUACAACCUGGCACCACACAUACUGCACCAGCUGGCUUGCACCUCAGAGUGCAAUAACGACAGGAUGGUGGGUGGGUG